CAGAGGAAGGAAAAGACAGACGUGCGGCAGUAUCGCAAUUCAGGGCAUUUAAAUCGCAACUAAACAUUAACAGCGUUCACAAUAACAGCGUUAUAUAUUUUCCCAUUUGGAUAUAGGACUGUACAUUUUAAAAUACGCUUGAGAAGUUUCAACCCAUUUACUGAUAGACUGACACACGGAUUCUCGUCAGACGACGCAAGCUACAAAAUUCAAAUUUUAUAUUAUUUUGCAAUUUUAAAGGCUGAUUUCCCCUCAGGAAGACUUCAACGUGGACAAAUAAGAUGAACGUGGUAACUCAGGCAUUUGGAAAUUGCUCCCAAGGAUGAACCAGACUUGUGGAGGCCCACAAUUGUUUUUCUGAGGUCUUGGCUGAUUUCUUUUGAUUUUCCCAUGAUGUCAAGCAAAGAGGCACUGAGUUUUAAGACAUGCAGAACUCUAAUCAUCGCUGACCAGAGGCUUCUGGAGAAAUAUGGAGCCUUGUGCUGAAUCUCAGGGUGAUCCUGAGAGCGCUCUGUCCCAUGCAGAGAACAGAGAACACCCUGCCACCACAGCUGCUUUAAUGCCUGGUGAUGAUGUGGCACAUUUGACCCCGGGAAGAAUGAGCCAGCGUGGGAAGGACACGCCUAGUAAAGACCUGCUCACAAGCCCCUCCCUGAGCCCGGGCGUCAGCUACAGUCACGGUUUUGAUCGUGGCAAAGAGGAAAUCCUGCCUCUAAAAGAGGACUCGUCACACUCCAUAUCCAAGAGCAAGUCAGAAACCAAGCUCUAUAAUGGCUCAGAUAAGGAUGUAUCAACAUCUGGAAACAAACUCACCAAGAAGGAGUCACUCAAGGUACAAAAGAAGAACUACAGGGAAGAAAAGAAACGAGCUACUAAAGAACUGCUCAGCACCAUCACUGAUCCGUCUGUCAUCGUCAUGGCCGACUGGCUCAAGAUCCGUGGCACGUUGAAGAGUUGGACCAAGCUGUGGUGUGUACUGAAGCCAGGUGUUCUGCUCAUCUAUAAGACCAAUAAGAACGGCCAGUGGGUCGGUACCGUGCUGCUCAACGCAUGCGAGCUCAUCGAGAGACCAUCUAAAAAGGACGGAUUCUGUUUUAAGCUCUUCCACCCGCUAGAACAGUCCAUAUGGGCCGUCAAGGGUCCUAAAGGAGAAGCUGUGGGGUCCAUCACUCAACCAUUACCCAGCAGCCACCUGAUAUUCAGAGCAGCUUCAGAAUCAGAUGGUCGCUGUUGGAUGGACGCUCUUGAAUUGGCUCUGAAAUGCUCAAGUUUGUUAAAGAGAACGAUGAUCAGAGAAGGCAAAGAGGAGAUGACUCAGACCACAGAACACUCACACAUCAACAUCUACAGUCUGCUGAGAGCGCACAACAUGCAGGGCUUUCAGUUGAAUGACAGCGAUCAAUUUAAGGAUCCCGAUCUGUACUCGGAUAAGUCAGACCGCGAGAACGAGCAGGAGCCGGAGGAAUGGGAGAAUGAAGUGAUGGAGAAGAGCGAAGAGAGCGACAGUGACACGUCAGGGCGACAGGAAGACUCGUACAUCGACCUAGACCCGAACGAGACGCUACAGGAGACCCCAUACAUAGAGCAGAGCCAUGAGGAGCUCGGAGAGGCUGGCGAGGCGUCGCAGACAGAGACGGUAUCGGAAGAGAAUAAAUCUCUGAUCUGGACUCUUCUGAAGCAGGUUCGACCCGGUAUGGAUCUGUCCAAAGUUGUGCUGCCCACCUUCAUUCUGGAGCCCCGAUCCUUCCUGGACAAACUGUCCGAUUACUACUACCAUGCUGACUUCCUGUCGGAAGCUGCUGUGGAGGAGAACGCCUACAACCGCAUGAAGAAAGUGGUCAAAUGGUACAUUUCAGGAUUUUACAAGAAGCCAAAGGGUUUAAAGAAACCGUAUAACCCCAUUAUUGGAGAAACGUUUCGUUGUUUGUGGCUCCACAACCGGACAAACAGCAAAACCUUUUACAUCUCAGAACAGGUAUCCCAUCAUCCUCCUGUCUCAGCGUUUUACGUCAGUAACAGGAAGGACGGCUUUUGUCUCAGCGGCAGCAUUCUGGCCAAGUCCAAGUUUUAUGGAAACUCCCUGUCGGCAAUCUUGGACGGUGAGGCCAGACUGACAUUUCUCAACCGAGGAGAAGACUACGUGAUGAACAUGCCCUACGCUCAUUGCAAAGGUAUUCUAUAUGGUACUAUGACACUAGAGUUGGGCGGACAAGUCACCAUUGCCUGUGAGAAGACGGGCUACAGUGCUCAGCUGGAGUUCAAACUCAAGCCGUUUCUCGGAAGCAGUGACAAUGUGAAUCAAAUCAACGGAAAGAUUAAACUUGGGAAAGAGGUGCUGGCCACACUGGAGGGACACUGGGACAGUGAAAUCUUCAUUAACGAUAAGAAGACGGGCGAGGUUGAGAUGUUUUGGAACCCGACGCCCGAGCUGAGACAGAGCAGACUGACCCGCUGUACUGUACCACCAGAGGAACAGGGCGAGUUCGAGUCCGAGAGGUUGUGGCAACAUGUGACGCGUGCCAUAAAUAACAAGGACCAAACGGAAGCGACCAAUGAGAAGUUCAUCCUGGAGGAGGUUCAGAGGAAGGCGGCACGCGAGCGAAAGGUGAAAUGUGAGGAGUGGACGCCCCUUUUGUUCGAACAAGACCCCGCCACCGGAGAGUGGCAUUACCGAUAUGCCGACACUCGUCCGUGGGAUCCGCUCAACGAUCUGAUUCAGUUCGAGAAAGAUGGCUGUAUUCAAACCAAAGUGCGCCACAGGACGCCUAUGGUACGUUCAGCCAGUGUAGUUAGUCUCAGUACCCAGCAGGGCUCCCGGAGGGACAAUUACCUGAGCCAGGUGACAGGACCAAAACGAAAACAUAAAAGUGACAAACCGAAAAGUCCAGAAAGUGGCUGCUCUUCUCCGGAACCGGACCAACAGGACUCGUCAGGCAGUGAGAGGCACAAAAGCAAACACACCAGUCGCUUGAGGAAGAAAGCAACUGAUUUAAGUGAAAUCCAAAGUGCCAUUGAGUCAAUCAGACAAACCCAGGAGGAUAUUAACAGGAGUGUGACCGCUCUGAGGGGUCGAGUGGCGAGUCAGUCGCCGGCGGAGAGCUCGUUCCUCACGCACAGAGACUUCGCCAUCAUUCUUUUCCUCAUCAUCCUCCAGGUGUUCCUCAACUUCAUCUUUAAAUAACACCACAAACUGCCAAGACACUCCCACGUCUUCAGCUCGGAAGUCGAGGAUCGACCCGGAAACACACUUCACUCGAUAUCACCUUACAACACAUUCGGUUUAUAUUUGUGUUGUUUUUAUAUGCAUUUGUGCUGUGAUCGCCGCUAAAGGACGGCCAUGCUAGCUUCUCUUGAGGAGAAGUGCAUUGUGGGACUGUUUUUUUUUUUACUC